UGGCCAAGGUGGCAGUGGGGGGAGCCCAAGCUCCGUGCCUCUGCAUCCCAGGCCACUAGACCCCACUGGUGGGUUGGACCCUGCCAGUGCCUGCUGGGGUAAGAUCCUGUUCUGUGAUACUUGGGUCGAGGCUCCUAGCCAAGUGUUAAUGCCCAUGGAUGAGAUGUAUGCCUCCAACUCUGCCCCAAGCAGUGAAGCUGAUUUGAUGCUUUCGGGUGAGAUAAUGGGGGAUUUUUCCCCCACCAAGUGUGGAGUCUAUCCUGAGAGCAGGCAGAUCUUGAGUACCCUAGAAUUAGCUUCUUCGCUACCCCCAGAUCUGUCUGAUCAUCAGCUCAGGGCCCUGUGUGUUUCUGGCUUUGCCAGUGGCACAAAGGGAGUCACUAUGGUAACGAUCCAAUUGCGGGCUUACUUGGCCUUCCUCAUGCUCCCCCUGUUUGUGUUUGGGGUACCCAUGGAUGAACCAGACCCCAAAGAAGUGACCACCACCCCAAGCAGUUGCAGACGCUGCUGCGACCCACUGAAUUCUCAUGAGUCGGCUCCUGACCCAGCCAGCCGCCACUCUUUGCCCUACCCGAUGCCUGAGGUCCGGCCUUACAUCAACAUCACCAUCCUGAAAGGUGAAAAAGGAGACCGGGGAGAGUCUGGGAUGCCAGGGAAAUGGGGAAAAGAAGGGCCACGAGGUGAGCGGGGACCCCAGGGUCAGAAAGGCAGCAAGGGCCAAAUGGGUGCCCCAGGUGAUCCCUGCAAGCAUCAGUACGCUGCUUUCUCAGUGGGCCGCAAGAAGGCACUCCACAGCAGUGAGGGCUACCAGGCCUUAAUCUUUGACACCGUCUUCGUCAAUCUGUAUGGCCACUUCAACAUGUUCAAUGGCAAGUUCUACUGCUACGUGGCUGGCCUCUACUUCUUCAGCCUCAAUGUCCACACCUGGAACUUCAAGGAGACCUACAUGCACAUCAUGCGCAAUGAGACCGAGGAAGUCAUCCUCUAUGCCCAGCCCAGCGACCGCAGCAUUAUGCAGAGCCAGAGUCUCAUGCUAGAGCUACAGGAGAAAGAUGAGGUUUGGGUGCGCCUCUACAAGCGUGAGCGUGAGAAUGCCAUCUACAGUGAUGACAUUGAUGUCUACAUAACCUUCAAUGGCUACCUGGUCAAGCCCAGUAUUGAUUAACCAGCUUCCUUUCUUGCUGUUCUCCUCUCCUUCCUCUCUAUCUCACGGUCUUUCUCUCUCUCUCUCUCUCUCUCUCUCUCUCCACUGCCCACAAUCACUGCAAACCACAAGGAAUGAAACAGGAGGGUCAUGAUAGAGGAAGCUCCAGGAUACUUCAGAAAAUGGGAGGGUACAAGAACCGAUCUUUCCCAAAGGGGACUGUCAGCAUUCAAGGUCAUUGACUGCCUUGAGAGAGACAUUCCUACUGCAUUGGGGGUGCCAUAGUUUAUGACCUGCUUCAGCCCUCUCAUGGCUUAGGUCAGCUGUCAGGGUCCUAGACAUCAAUGUCAAGCCAGGGAGCAGUCAGGCAGUUAGUUUAUUGCUGUCUAUGAUGAGCUGUCUGUGACAGGUUGUGUCAGUGGCUGCUUCUCCGGAUUUACAGGUGAUGCAAAUUGGUGCAUCUCCACUGAAGAAAGCAGCAGAGUCACACUGCCCUACAACUGCUGAGGAUUAAGUCCUGCAUAUCAGAGAGAGACAGACAGCCUGUCUUGGACCCAGUAAGCCUCCCUCUGCAGAGCAGCCUGGGAUCCUCUGCAGUCUCCAUUCCUGUGUUGGGCUCAAAGCCAGCUCAGCCCAGAGCAGAGUAUUUCCUUUCUAAAAACUGAAGGUGGAACUAGUUCCACUCUUUCCAUUUACAUCAUUCCAUUGAUAUAAGCAGAGAUACUUCUUGCAUGCUGGUGACAGAGGAGGUUCAGAGCCAGGGAAUCAACUCUGGGAUCACACUGUCUCAAUCCGGUGGAGGUGGCUCCCAUGGCUCUGCCAGGAGAUAGUCCUUCCUUUCAAACCCCACCGUUCCCUCCAACCCAUUUACUAGCACAAUCUGGAGAAGGGGGACUGCCUCGUGUGGGGGGCAGUUCAUCAUGGGUUCUAAAACUACUAAAGCACAUAUUGAGAUCCCAGGGAUUAGAUAUACCAGAGCUGUUUGACAGCCUGUAUGAAACGUUUCAGGGGUUUCAGUCCCAUUCUCUGCCUUUGGCUGUCCCUCUGCUAUCAGCACCUAGCUGGAGUGAGCCACAGAAACUGGAACACCUUCCCACUGUCCAGGCUGAGGCUACAAGCAGGACUGUGUGCUGAAGUUUGGGUUGCCCCAGCCUGUUUGACGCAGGCAGCAUUUUCCAGUGUUCUUGGCAUUGCCCUGACUCUGCUCCCACUGUCAUCAGUGAAGAUGGCAUCAGGGAGGAGAAUGAGGCCAACUCUGAGAGCUCCUGGAAACCCAGCCUGGCAUGUUCUUAUGAUGCCAUAAAGAGCAGAGAGGUUUACAGGGCUGGCAGAGGACUGGACUCACCAGGGAAGCAAGAGACAUGGAACAGAUGUUAAAAACACACUCAAGAGAAUUGCGGGCCAAUUUCUCUCCUGCUAGUGUUAUUACCCCUGCUUUGCUGAGGAGGAGGAGCUGGGGAGAUGCAAAUGAAUUCCACGCUCCACACCUGCUCACAUACUGCAUCAGGGCAGUUGUUAUUAAGAGCGCCUCCAAGGCAAGGUUUGGUGCUACUAGGGAACUGGUGUGGUGAGGCAAUCCCAGGGUGUGAAGGAACAUGGAAACUGGAGUUCUUCCCUCUCCCUUAGCAGAUGUGGAGUACUGAAGCACUCCAGGGCAGGGCUUGGGCAAGUAGCAAAGGAGCAGUGUGUUUG